UUUUGCUGUUACACUCUUUUCUCAAUCUCCUUCAAUAUUUUCAGGGCUUGAUUCUUUGAGUCAAAAUGAAUGUAACAAAGAUAAUUAUAUGACGGAAAAAGACAUACAAUUUCUUUUGAUCACAGCAUAUCGACUUUUAAGAUUUUCUGCGACCACAUUUUCUCGUUUAUGGGAUUGGUCCACGCUUAUUCAAUUGCUGACACAUUCGAAUAAAGCUAUUCGUUAUCUAACCUUGUGUUGUUUGGAAAUUGUUUUUGGUUUGAGUGAUGAUCAAAAGGAAAAGGCGCAUAGUAAAUGGAUUGGUCCAAAAAAUGAACCAAUUUUGAUAGAUUGGGAAAAUGGCGAAACACUAGAUGUUCGAAUGUUAAUGUAUCAACAGUUUAGUUUGCUCCAAAAUGAUUAUGGCAGUUCGUCAUUAACAGAGUCGCGUAUAUUACAUGAUGAUUUAUCACCGUUAACUGUCAACAUUUCUAAAGUUUUGCUACAGAAAUUAAAUUCAUCCGGGAAUACUACAUCAAAAGUAAAGAAACGUCUUGUAAUGACUGAUUCUACGCAAAGAAAUUUAAAUGAAAUAUGUUUGGCGCUUUCUAUGGGUUCACCAGUUUUACUUGAAGGUGUUACUGGUUCAGGGAAAACGUCAUUGAUAGAAGAAAUUGCAAUUGCAACUGGACGUGAUGAAGAGCUUGUAAAAAUUCAUUUGGGUGAUCAGACAGAUGCAAAAGUACUAUUAGGAACUUACGUAUCUACAAACACUCCUGCCACAUUUCGUUGGCAGCCUGGAAUUCUCACUACUGCCGUGCGCGAUGGAUGUUGGGUUUUGAUUGAAGAUAUAGAUCUCGCGUCAAUAGAUGUGUUAUCUAUCUUAUUUCCUUUGCUUGAGACUGGUCAACUUUUCAUUCCAGACAAAGGUCAAAAAAUUUAUGCAAAGCAGGGUUUUCAAUUAUUUGCAACAAGAAGUUUAAUGUCCGACUGUGAUAAUGAGUUUUCAAAAAGGCAAACGACUGAUUCUAUUAUCGGUCAUACAUUAUGGACAAAAAUUAAAGUACAAUCUCAAAGUAUCGAUGAACUAGAAUCUAUAAUUGCAAAUCGUUUUGGAGGUUUACAGGAUUUAGUUCCCGAUAUUAUACGUGUUUAUAAAGCUAUGGUUUCUAUUUAUCAAGAUGUUACAAUGUUUUCAUCAAAUGCACUUAGAUUUAUAUCUGCCCGUGAUUUGAUGAAAUGGUGUAAGAGAUUCGAAUUUUUUAUUGGUUCAAAUGAUCAUGUGACUUAUAGUCAAGGUCUUUCAAAUAAAGUGCGAGAAGAACUUUUCAAAGAAGCCGCUGAUUGCUUUUGUGCCAUGAUUUCAGACUAUAAAAGUUGGUUCAUGGUGUUAGAGAGGCUUGGUGAAACUCUAGGAAUGACUGAUCAAUGGGUUCAAUUCUAUGUAAAUUCUUACAUUCCAAACAUUAAUAUUGAUGAUAAAGAUAUUAUAAUUGGACGGGCUCGGUUUCUUUCAGUGAACCGCAAAAAAAAUAUAAACAUUAAACGUGAAUCACAACAACAAUCAUUUGCCAACACAGGUCAUACUUUAAGAUUAUUGGAACAAAUUGCUGUAUGUGUUCUUCUAUGUGAGCCUGUCCUAUUAGUUGGCGAAACUGGAACUGGUAAAACGGCUACAAUUCAAUAUUUAGCUGAACUUAUGCAUCAAAAUCUUAUCGUUGUUAAUUUGUCACAGCAAGGUGAUAGCAGUGAUCUUCUUGGUGGUUUUAAGCCGGUUGAUGCAAAAGUUAUAGUUACGCCCUUGAAAGAGGAAUUUGAUAAAUUAUUUAGAAAAACUUUUUCAGCGCAAAAGAAUUCUCAUUUUUUGGAAACAAUACAUAAAAUGUAUGUUACCAAGAAAUAUUCAAAAUUAAUAUCUUUAAUGCAAGAGGCAAUUAAAUUAGUUGAGAAAAGUUUUAACACGGAACAAAGUCAGGAUGAACAAAAGAAUUCACGAAAAAUAUCAAAUCCUGAGCUAAGAAAUCAAUGGAAAUUAUUUGAAAAUUCUGUUAAGGAAUUUCAAUAUCAGCUUGAUCAAAUACGUAACAAAUUUGUUUUUAAAUUUGUCGAAGGUUCUUUAGCGAAUGCUGUUACAAAAGGUGAUUGGAUCCUUCUGGAUGAAAUUAAUUUAGCAUCAACGGAAACCUUAGAAUGUUUAAAUAGCAUUCUUCAAGAUUCGGAGAGCUCUUUGUUAUUAAUUGAAAAAGGUGAUUCUAAACCAAUCACUCGUCAUCCAAAUUUUAGAAUUUUCGCAUGUAUGAAUCCUGCAACUGAUGUAGGCAAGCGGGAUCUUCCACCUGGACUACGCAGCCGGUUUUCAGAGUUUUAUGUUAAUUCUCCAGAUAGUAGACGGGAUGACUUGUUGUGCAUUGUAAAAAAAUACUUAUCGGGAUGCAUUCAUGGCGAAGAUCGUGUCUGUAUUGAAAUAGUUGAUUUUUAUUUGGAGGUAAAGGAAUUGCAACGACAGCACAAGCUUGUUGAUGGAUCAAAUCAACGUCCUCAUUUUAGCAUGAGAACUCUUACUCGCGCAUUGAGCGUUGUCUCUCAAAUCACGCCAAUAUAUGGAUUAAAACGUUCUAUUUAUGAAAGUUUCUGUAUGACAUUUUUGACUCAAUUGAACAAAGAAAGUGAAAUAAUAAUGCAAGGCUUGAUUGAAAACUGUUUGUUAAAUGGUGUUAAUCUUAAGGCUCUAAUUACUCAAAUUCCGCGACAACCGUCUAACGGUGAUUAUGUCCAAUUUGGAUGUUAUUGGUUAAAAAUUGGGCAAUAUCCUUCAAAAGAAGUAUCAAAUUAUAUAUUAACGCCUUCAGUAAUGAAAACUUUGAACAACUUAGCGAGAGUUGUCAUGAGCAGUAAAUUUCCAGUGUUGCUUCAGGGCCCUACCUCAGCUGGAAAAACGAGUAUGAUUCAUUAUUUGGCUCAAAGAACUAAUCAUCGAUUUAUGAGGAUUAACAACCAUGAACAUACCGAUCUUCAAGAAUAUCUUGGUAGUUAUGUUACAAACAGUGAAGGCAAACUCGAAUAUCAAGAAGGGGUACUUGUUGAAGCAGUGAGGAAAGGUUAUUGGCUUGUGUUAGACGAGCUGAAUCUCGCACCUACUGAUGUAUUAGAAGCUCUAAAUCGUCUUUUAGAUGAUAAUAGAGAACUUUUUAUUCCUGAAACACAAGAAGUGAUCAGACCACAUAGUGACUUUAUGCUUUUUGCGACUCAAAAUCCACCUGGAUUAUAUGCCGGACGUAAAGUACUUUCCCGUGCAUUUCGUAAUCGGUUCGUUGAGAUACAUUUCGAUGAUAUUCCGGAAGAAGAACUAGAAACUAUUCUUUCAGAAAGAUGUGCUAUUGCUCCAUCUCAUUGUAAACGUAUGGUCCAAGUCUAUAAAAGACUCAUGGAACAACGUCAAAGUACAAGAAUAUUUGAAAAACAGCAUGGAUUUAUUACAUUAAGAGAUUUAUUCCGGUGGGCAAAAAGGGGUGCGAUAGAUUAUAAGGAAUUGGCUGAACAGGGUUUUAUGCUUUUGGCAGAAAGGGUAAGAAAGCCUGAUGAAAAAUUAAUUGUUAAACAAGUAUUAGAGACGGUAAUGAAGGUAACUAUCGAUGAAAAUGCCAUAUAUGAUUGCUCUAAAUUGGAAGAGUUUAAAAUGUAUCAAAAAAACAAUAUUGUUUGGACAAAAGCUAUGAAACGAUUAUUUAUGCUUGUUGCGCAAUGUUUAAGGUUUAAUGAGCCUGUCUUAUUAAUUGGUGAAACUGGUUGUGGCAAAACGUCAGUGUGUCAAGUGUUGGCCGAAGCUCGAUGCACUGACUUAUAUAUUUUAAAUUGUCAUCACAGCACUGAAACUGCGGAUCUUCUAGGUGGGCAAAGGCCGUUGAGAAAUCGAGAUGUUUUGAAUUCUGAACUUAAACAAGAUAUUUCUGAGUACUUGAAAAACCAUGAACAACAUGAUAUAGAUUUGGAAAAGCUUGAUUUGUGUGAUUUGGUUAGACAUCUUGAUCUUGUUUCCAAAGAUGAACAGAACUUACAAAUUGAUAAAAAUAAAGCCAAACAUUUAUCAUCAAGAUAUAAACAGUCUUGCACUUUAUUUGAAUGGAUUGAUGGACCGCUUGUUAAGGCCAUGAAAGGCGGAUCGUUUUUUUUAUUAGAUGAGAUUUCUUUAGCUGAUGACUCUGUUAUAGAGCGUCUUAAUAGUGUUCUUGAGCCCCAUCGAAGUUUAACAUUACCGGAAAAAGGAGGGAAGUGCAUUGAAGAAUUCGUUGCUGAAAGUGGGUUUCAAUUUUUGGCAACUAUGAACCCUGGAGGUGAUUAUGGGAAAAAAGAAUUGUCACCUGCUUUGAGAAACAGAUUUACAGAGAUUUGGGUUCCACCAGUUUCAAGUGAGGAAGAUCUGUUGCAAAUUAUUAGUUCACAACUUAUAUAUCCUGAGUCAAAAAACGUUGGACUGUCGAUUUUAGAAUUUAUAAAUUGGUUUUUUCAUAUACUUGGUAAUCAUGGCGCAAUCAUUAGUCUUAGGGAUAUUUUGUCAUGGGUAAACUUUAUUAAUGUCACUAUAGGACAACUUGGUCCCAAAGAAUCUUUUAUUCAGGGGGGAUGUCUAGUUUUCUUAGAUGGACUUGGAUCGAGCUCCGCAUCACGCACGUUAUUAUCAGGGCGAACUUUAAAAGAUAUUCGAAUGAAAUGUUUGACGAAACUGAAAGAAUUAAGCUCUAAUUUUGCUGUUUUUGAAGCAUUUGUCAAUUUUGAUUGUGAGCUAAUUAAAAUACAUUCCACUGAAACUCAUUUUGGUAUUAAUUACUUUUCUAUACCUAAAGGACCAUAUAUAUCUCAUGACAUUACUUUUACUUUGCAUGCACCUACGACUUCGGAUAAUGCUAUACGCAUUCUUCGAGCUAUGCAAGUCCGAAAACCCAUUUUACUGGAAGGUAGUCCAGGUGCUGGUAAAACUAGUUUGAUCACUGCGUUGGCAGCAGCGUCAGGUCACAAACUUGUUCGUAUAAACUUAUCUGAUCAAACCGAUUUGAUAGAUUUGUUUGGUUCAGAUCUUCCUGUUGAAGGUGGAAUAAGUGGCGAAUUUGCAUGGCGAGAUGCACCAUUUUUACAAGCAAUGAAAUCAGGGGAUUGGGUAUUAUUAGAUGAGCUUAAUCUUGUAUCACAAUCCGUAUUAGAAGGCCUCAAUUCUUGCUUAGAUCAUCGUGAAGCGAUAUACAUACCAGAACUGGAUAAGGAGUUCUUCUGUGCUAAAGAAUUCCGCGUUUUUGGUGCGCAAAAUCCUUUGCAUCAGGGUGGAGGUAGAAAAGGCCUCCCUAGAUCAUUUAUUAAUCGAUUUACACAGGUUUAUAUUGAUCAACUCACGAAUAAUGACCUACUCUUUAUAUGUAAGAGCUUAUUUCCACAAGUAAAAGAAGUCGUUUUGGAAAAAAUGAUAGAGUUUAAUACUCGGAUAAAUGAAGAUAUAAUGAUUAGAUGCUUAUAUGGGCGAAACGGAGCUCCAUGGGAAUUCAAUUUACGAGACAUAUUCCGUUGGCUUGAAUUACUUAGUAAAGAUUAUAGCCUUGGAUUUUAUUCUUCACCUGAUGAGUAUUUGGAUCUCAUCUAUCUUCAGAGAAUGAGGACUGAACAAGAUAGGGAUUGUAUUAUUUCAGUUUUCAAUGAAAUUUUUGGCCAGAAUUAUCAACGACCAAAACAUCCAUAUUAUCAUAUUGAUCCUAAAUUUGUUCAAGUUGGUCAUUCACUUUUAAAGCGUAAAGAUUCUCAUAUAACUCAUUCUUCAAUAAAUAAGUUGCAUAUUUUACAAUCUCAACUACAUCCAUUGCAAUCAUUGAUGAAAUGUGUUGAAAUGAAUUGGAUGGUCAUAUUAACCGGUCCUGAAGCAUCUGGAAAAACCAAUUUAGUAAGAUUACUUUCAAACCUCACUGGAAACCCGCUUGAAGAAUUCAUGAUGAAUAAUUCUGUAGAUACGAUUGAAUUAUUAGGUGGAUUUGAACAAUUUGAUUUAUCCCGACAUCGUCAAAUUGUAAUUAAUGAGUUACUAAAUCUGACUAACGAAGUUACUAAAGAUGUACUUUUAUCAACGCAUGUUCAACUAUCAAAUUCUAAUUUCCAAACUGAUAAUGUUGUGCAAACUUUAAUGCAACUUAAUCAUGUAUUAUUCACUUUAAAAAACUAUUUCAAAUUUAACAUGCGCUUGGAUUAUUCAAUAGUUGAUUAUUUAUUGUCAAUACUUGAACAGACCAUUUCAAGUUAUGGCUUAACCUUAACAAUUAAAUGGCAUGCAAUUUUCGAUAAAGUUACUAGCUUGAAGUCCAAGGAAAAUGAACCAGUUUCAGGCCUUUUUGAAUGGGUUGAUGGUGUAAUAAUUAAAGCAUUACAGGAUGGUCAUUGGUUAUUAAUUGAUAAUGCUAAUCUCUGCAAUCCAUCAGUUCUUGAUAGACUCAAUUCUUUACUUGAACCAAGUGGUGUUUUAAUGGUAAACGAGCAUAGUAUGAUUAAUGGUGAAAUAAGGAUGAUUCGUCCUCAUAAAAAUUUUAGGCUCUUUAUGACCCUUAAUCCAAAAUACGGAGAAUUAUCACGCGCAAUGCGAAAUCGUG